GCGUCAUCCGGAAGGAGAGGCUGUGCGAGCGAGGGCGGCGCACGCGCGUUCUCUCGCUUGCCUUAGGAGAAAGGGGGAAAGAACGUGUGUUUGGGGGUCCCGAGGGGAAGCUAGUGGUCCUUUGGUUAACCCGUUGAGCGCCGUCGGGGUUGCGAGGAGAGGCGAUGGCGGAGGUCCUGAACCUCAACAAUGAGGUUGUGAAAAUGAGAAAAGAAGUAAAGAAGAUUAGAGUUCUGACAAUUCGCAGACUAACCAGACAUAUUGCAAAACUGAAAGCAAAAAAAGGCACUGAAGAGGCAGUACUGAAAAACCAAAAACGUGCACAAAGGUUACUGGAAGAAAUUCAUGCCAUGAAGGAUAUAAAACUGGAUCAGGUUACUAAAUUAGCACUUGGGAGAGAAAUUAAUUUUGAGAUUGUCUGCAAAAAGCCCAAUUCUACAGCAAGAGAUAGAGCAAUUGCUCGACUGGCAGCUCAUCCACUACUGAAGACAAAAAUUGCUGCUAUUAAAGCUGCUGUCAAAGCCUUUAAAGAUGCAAGGCAGAAGUCAGCCAGAACUGUUUCCCAAGAACAGAAGUCGGAAGAACAGCAUACCAAGCAACCUGAGAAGACCCAGCAUUCCGUUAUCAGUGACCAAAGCAAAAUACUUGAACAAGCUGAAAACCACAGCAAAAUGAAGGUGGAAGUGACACCAGGCACAGACAUUGGAGAAAAGCAGAUCUGUGUGACAGAGCAACAGAAAAUGACAAACGAUGAGAAACCGUGCCCCUUGGGUGAUUUUCCAGUACAGGGCUCAGAACAACCCAGACUGGUUGAUCGGACAGAGAAGGCAGCCUGUCCAGGAAGAACGAAACAUUUGGAUGCUUCCCGGAGCAGCUCAGUUGAUGACUGUGAUAAUGAUGCAAGUGAAAGUGAGGAAAGUGAAACAGAGAAGGACUACUUUGAUGACAGCACUGAAGAAAGGUUCUGUAAACAGUCUUCUGGCUCAGAUGAAAGUGACAGCAAUGAUGAUUUCUUCAUUGGCAAAGUUAAGAGAACAAAAAAGAAGGGAGUAGCAGCAGAUAAUUCCUUACCUACAGGAGAGAAAGACGGAAGGAUUCUGCAAAACCACUCAAAGGACUCGCAGCCUGGCCUUGUGAAGGACGCAAACACAAAGAGCAGCUCUCAGAGUUCAAAAGCAUCAAAGCUAGAAUCUGUAUUUUACUGUUCAUUGUCCAACUCUAAAGCAUCCACAAAUAUGAAAAGAACUAUUAGAGACCAGCUUCCCAAAAAGAAAGUAACAGCUUUUGAAAAAAAUCAGCCACAGAAACAGAUGUCCAGAUGUUUAGGUAGAAAACCAGGGUUUGAGAAGAAACAAUCAGAACAACCCCUUCAUCCUUCAUGGGAAGCAAGCAGGAAACGUCGAGAGCAAGUAUCUCAAAUUACAGCAUUCCAAGGGAAAAAAAUUAAAUUUGAAGACUAAUUUUUAUUAAAAGACUGAGAUUUUUUUUAACCUCAUCUUACCAGCAUUUAUCAUGCAUCUUCCAAUCCUUGCAGUAUGUGUGGAAAUGUAUAUAUAAGCAGUUGCCUUGUUAAUAAUUGAAGCUGAUAUGCCAAGGGUGUAAACUGAAAGCAAAGACUUGAGAACAAAAAUCAUCCUUAUUCAGUAGGUUUUUCAGUGUAGGAAAGAAAUUCUAAGCUUGAAGUCAUUGAUUGUAAGAGGUUUUUUAAUAUCAAAGUUGUCAUCUUGGCAUUGGCUAACUUUGUCAGGAAUUUGUCCAACUGGCACAUUUUAAAUGACCUAAUGAGAACUUACAUGAACUAUUAAAGGUUUGAUUCUCAGCUGCCAGGGUGUGUAGAAACCUUGCUGACACAUAGAACAUUUUGAAUAUCUGUUACCAACCUGAAUGUUAAAUGCUUAAAGAAGUCACAGUUAGAGUAUGUCCAUUUGAAUCAACUGAACUUGGGGAGGAAUUGUCUCACCGAAUCCCCAUUGAUUCAGUGAGCCUUCUCUAGUGCAAUGUACUAUGUUAAGCAACAGGAUUUUUGCCAAUGCCAACUUUCCUUUGCUUAGUUUGCACACAUUAAAACUUUGCUUGGAAUGGAAGACAUUUUAUGUAACAUCAUCAUUUUAUCCACUUCUUACUUGUAUAUGUUGGUAGGAAAAGCUGUUAUAUACACUGAAGGUAAGACUAUUUGUCUGAUGAAGUCUAUGAAAGUGCAUGCCAUGAUAUAUUUCAGAGUUUUUAACUUAUCACGGGACUUUUCUGUAUUGGCUUAAAAUGUGUUUUUUUCUUUUUAAUUACUGGUUCCUUAACAAGCAAAGUGAAUAGAAUUCUUAGUAAAGCUUUACAAGGUUGAGAUUUGGAAUAUGAAUGACAGAUACAUGUAGUCUGAACUAUUUGUUCAAAAACCAAAUGCUCCUAAAUGUAUUCAGCUGAUAUAAAAUUAUACUAAUAAGCUAGAACAGGGGUCCCCAACCAUAGACCAGCCCCAGUCUGUGGUCCUGCCAGGACUGGGGCGUGGAGAUAAAUUUCCUGUCCCCCCCCCACGCACAGAUGCAUGCACAGCCCCCACACACACAUGCACGGCCCCUCCCAUGCACACACAGAUGCACACACGGUCCCUCGCACAGAUGCCUGCCCGCUAAACUGGUCUAUGUAGGCAAAAAGGUUGGGGACCACUGAAUUUAUGUCAUUAACAGUAUUCAUUUUGGGUGUCUAAGAUAUCAAAGUGGUCAAAGUGGUAUUUGCAUUUGUGGCCAGAUUCACAGCAAAGCUUUUGAUCAGAUAAACUAGCAGUAGACAUUUCUGUGUGUAAGGACAAUGCCAGGUGAAGGCAAUUUUGUGUUCCGUUUUCUUCUGUUCCAGUGCUUUACCUCCAAAGGCAUCUGUGCUGCCUAACUUGUAGGCUAAUGUGAAGUACCACCAGUUGAAAAAUUCAAAUGUAAAAGGAAAGGCUAGCAGUUCUUAACAUGCUUUGUUUAGUGACACUACUAGACAUGUAAACCUGAACCCAUUAUGUCACAAAUAUGUACUGUCUCUAAUAUUCCAUUUUAUUUUUACAAAUAAAGUCUAAAGUUGAUGUGGAA